CGGCGGAGAAGAAUAGGAUUCAGCCUCAUGCGGCGUGGUACUUGUGUUCUGGCUUGACAUAUACAAAUGGAUACAGCAAAGGAUUUUGUCCUUUCCAACUUCGAUUUCUAGAAACAAUGUAACAUCUGAAUAUUGUCCCAGUGCCAUAACAUUGCAGCUGAGGAGCCCCUAAAGAUGAGCUAAUGGACCCGGAAGUGUCUGUGCUGCUACACUGUGCAGCCUGGCGGGGUCUCCUGCAGGCUCAAGUGCAAGUGGAGCUCUCCGAAAGAUACAACAGUCAGACAGAUGCGGCACUGGAGUGCCACAUAGAAGAGGUGUGGACAGAGCGGGUGUCUAAAGAGCCAUGGCUUUUUAAUGGGGCCAAAUUCCGACUGCAUUCCUUCAGCCUGGCCUCUCCCAAGCCUCCAUCCCUACCUUCUGUCUGUUCUUCACCCACUCAUUUUCACUGCCUGGACUGUGCAGGGGACAAACACAGCCCGCAGCAACACGGCAGUCAACAAAGGGAAGAGAACUUGUGCGACGAUUCAGAAAUACUUAAUAGGCGGGGAGCUUCUCAAAAGAUUCUUCAGGAAGGAUGUGGACCUGGACAUCAUCAAGUAAACGGAGACUGUUCCAUCCAGUUGGGAUGCCAUCUCACUCACAGUGUGCCGAAAGAUAGGGUGUUGACAAAAGCGUCUUCCACCUCUGGCAGCAGUUUUGAUGGCACUACUGCCAACUUUGCCUCACGCCCACACAGGGCUGACUGUAAAGCAGUCAGUCCUGUCCUCACUCUAAGAUUAGGCCUUACAUGCUACAAGGACUUCCUGGGGACCAACUGGUCCCAUCAAGUGGGAGAGCUGCGCCGGCGUGGAGAGGUGGAGUUUGGGGAUCCUCUUGCACUACUGGCUCAGCCUUUGGGGGUGGGCGGAGUUCUGUGUACAAGCGAUGGACGGAUGGUGUUGAUCAGGAGGAGCCAGCAGGUGGCAGAGGCUGGAGGGCUGCUGGAUAUCCCUGGAGGACACCCAGAACCCAAGGCGGUGUGUGAGGAGCAAAUCUGUAUGGCCACUCUGCAGCAGAGACCGCAGGCCGUCGUCGCUGAGCUCUUCCGUUCCGUGUGUGCUGAGAUCAGCGACGAGGUAAAUGUGCCGCUGAGUUCCCUUGGUAUACCUGUGCUGAUGGGCAUUGCUGUAAACCACACCAGCGCAGGCAGGCCGAGUGCAGAGUUCUAUAUCAGUUGUUCAUUAACAUCUGACAAAGUUCAAGAACUGUACUGGCAAGGAGGACCGGAGGCCCACGAGUCCACAGAGAUAGUCUUCCUCAGCAACACAGACAUGUUGCAACUGGAUGGAGGAGCUCCUCUGUGGUCAGAGCUGUGUCCCUCAGCCAAAGGAGCAGUGCUGCUCUAUCAGCUCGUGAUGGCGGACAGAUGACGACGCAGCGAGGCCCGGACUCACGACAUCACACCAGCAAAUGGCUCCAGAUUAACCAUGAUGUGCAUUUCCUCCAUCAUAAAUUGUUGCAUCAGUCAAGUAUCCCCUGUAUUACUCUUGAGUUUGAGCCCAAGGGGUGUCCGGGUAGCGUGGCGGUCUAUUCCAUUGCUACCAACACGGGAUCGCCGGUUCGAAUCCCUGUGUUACCUCCAGCUUGGUCGGGCGUCCCUACGGACACAAUUUGCCGUGUCUGCGGGUGGGAAGCCGGAUGUGGGUAUGUGUCCUGGUGGCUGCGCUAGCACCUCCUCUGCCCGGUCGGGGCGCCUGUUCAGGGGGGGGGGGACUGGGGGGAACAGCAUGAUCCUCCCACGUGCUACGUCCCCCUGGUGAACCUCCUCACUGUCAGGUGAAAAGAAGCGAUUCCACAUAUAUGGGAGGAGGCAUGUGGUAGUCUGCAGCCCUCCCCAGAUCGGCAGAGGGGGUGGAGCAGAGACCGGGACAGCUCAGAAGAGGGGUAAUUAGCCAGGUACAAUUGGGGAGAAAAAGUGGUAACCCCCCCCCCCCCCCCUCAAAAAGAAAGGUUUUGAGCCCAUGCAUUUUUACGUUUUUCUUAAAUUUGUACAUUAUGCUCUGGAAGUGCAUGAUAAAAAUGGUAAAGACUAUUCAACUUUGAAAAUACAUCAUUUUUAAAAUAAAACGAGUUAUAAUCUUUGUCUACCA